AUGUUAUACAAUGUCCUCUCCCUCUUGUUGCUGGUUGUCAACUAUAACCUGACCAAGGAAAGAACUCUGAAGAACACCUUCGGGUGGGCUCGUGUAGAAGUUUUCGGAGUGCUAGUAAAUAUCUUACUUCUAGUUGCUUUGUGUUUUCCUAUCUGCGUGGAAGCACUCCAGGCGAUGGUUCACGCUUCACAUGAAAACACUCAACCUAGGUACCCACUAGGCUUGAUAACCUUUGGUGCGGGUGGUUUGUGUCUGAACUUUAUCUGUAUAGCCCUGCUUGGAGGAUACACACAUCAUCAAAUCUGCUAUUUCAGAGUUAAUGGUGGCGACGUCCAGAUCAACUUGGUACUGUGCACAGACGAAAAUACCAGCAAAUCUGACCAAUUACAGUCAGUCGAAAAAAUCAGAUGCGCCUCAUCAAAUGACCAGUCAUACAGCAUUUUUAGCCACAGAACCUUGGAGUCCUCUAGAUGUUUACGUCGAAUGCUUGACUUUUUACGUGACUCGUGCAGUUGCUUUUUGGUCAUAAUGGUGGGUUGCUGUGUCCUUUAUCUGGAUAGUCAAGAGUUGAAUAAAUACGUUGAUCCCGUUGCUGGUUUGGUCAUUGUUGCUGUACUAAUCGCUACCAGAUAUCACUUUAUGAAGGAAAGUGGCAUGAUUCUCCUCCAAACUGUACCUGAUUACAUCGACGUUCAAGAGCUGACCAAGCGUCUCAUGGCAAAGUUUCCAGUUAUUCGUAAUAUACACGAUUUACACAUAUGGCGACUGACCGGCGCCCACGCGAUAGCUACUGUACAUAUAAUCCUGGACUAUCCUAGUGAUUAUUUAAAUAUUGCAAACCAGAUGAAAAACUUCUUCCAGAGCGAAGGAAUUGUUUUUGUGACUGUUCAACCAGAAUUUUUUCAAGGUGCCGGAUUUCUUCAGAGUAUGGAUUGUGUUCUCCAAUGUUCAGAGUCUCAAACGUGUAGGGCUCUCACAUGCUGUGGGCCACUACGAAGAUCUUUCACGACAGAAGAAGAAGAAAUUAACAUCUCUAUAUGUCAGAGGAAACCUUAUGUUAACAGCCCAGAAGUCUCAACUACUAGUCAAAAUUAUCAGGAUCAGAAUCAUUCACAAAACUUGUGUGCCGAGGCUGGAAGACACAAAAAAAAUACACCGGACAAAACUAACGUUGACUCUGAUUUAUUUGGCAGAGAUUUUGCAGAAUAUAUUUAUUAUUUCGAAAACUUAGAAAACAGUAAGGAAACAACUGUGUGA